UAAUAAAAGAUCACCUACAUUUGCAAAAUUAACUUUACAUUAUUAUUAUUUUUUGUAUAAAAUAUUUUAGGACUUUCGAGAAAGGAAAAAACGUUCAAGUUGGGGAAACGCAAAACAGCAAUAGCAUAGGUAGGGAAUGAAAUUCAAAAUUAAUGGCGAUGGAGUUUGAAACGCAAACCCAAUUAGGGUUUCCGUUCUGGAGCCCAACUCGUCGACGUUUUGGUCCUGAUGAUCCCUUCUUCGCUUACGGUAACAUUCAAAGAGAGCUUCUCGCUAAGCAGGUUGCAUUGGAUUUGACUGAAGAAGAGAACCAGUUAGUUCAAAAUACUAUCACAGAUGAGGAAAUCAGCAAUCUCUUCUGUCCAAUCAUUGGUUGUGGUGCACAGAUGAAAAAUCUGGAUGACUUUGAAGACCACUAUGUUACACGACAUACUGCAUCUUGCUCUGUCUGCUCUCGAGUUUACCCAACAUCACGCCUGCUCAGCAUACAUGUGUCAGAGGCUCAUGAUUCCUUUUUUCAGGCAAAAGCUGCUCGUGGCUUUCCCAUGUAUGAGUGCCUGGUGGAAGGCUGUGAUGUCAAGUUGAAAUGCUACAAAAGCAGGCAGCAACAUCUAGUUGACAAGCAUAAAUUUCCAGCAUCUUAUGAGUUCUUCAGAAAAGCUCGUCCAUCAAAGAAACAGAGGCAGAAACCGCAUCAUAAACAAACAUCAAAAAAGACUCAGGAGACGUCAAGUGCAAUGCAAGUUGAGGAAGAAACAAUAGACAAUCUUGUUUCAGCAGUAUCAAAAUUAACCACUUCGGACUCUCCUUCAGCAAUCAGCUUUGGCCGUAGUAGGGCUCGUGGAUUGUCAUUUGUGCCUCGUGCUGUUAAUCGGCAGACAGGACCAGUCACCUCAACUGGUGGAACAAAAAACUAGCGGCAUGCCAAUGGAAUCUUGAAGCACCUGCAAAUGUCAGGCUCAUGUUAUGAAAGAUAUGAUUUGAAGCUGAUUUUCGAGCAUUUGCCUGCAACUGACAUUGGCUACAACACAAUGUGAUGAUGGUUCCAACAUGCUAACCACUGCUCUUUAUUGCAUGCUCAAAAUUUAUUGGAUGUCUUGUCAAAGGUUGUCACACCUCUGGUGGCUGCAAUCAAGAGAACUAAGUUUUUCUCCUAUCAUGCCCAAACAUGUCAAAUUUUACUAGUUAAUCAAAUCAUAGAAAAGAUUGUGGUUUUCAUACUAUAGCAAUUAGCAAAUAUUAAUCCAAUUAUUUGGUU